AUGCGUGGUGCGACAAUACUCAAAGCCUCCGACGACAAGACACGAGCUCUGAAUAAGCAUACCUUGAUGGCCUUUUCUGGAGAAGCAGGCGACACCGUCCAGUUCGCUGAAUACAUUCAAGCCAAUGUCGCACUCUACUCUAUGCGCAACGAGACAGACCUGUCGCCAGCGGCGGUCAGCAGCUUCGUCAGAGGCGAGCUUGCUAAAGCUUUGAGAUCACGGAAGCCGUAUAAUGUGAAUCUAUUGCUAGGUGGCUGGAGCGAACUGGAUAAGAAACCGAGUUUAUAUUGGAUCGACUACCUCGCAAGUGCGGCAAAGGUGCCAUAUGCUGCGCACGGAUACGCUCAAUAUUACUGCCUCUCCAUUCUAGACAAACAUCAUCAUCCCGACAUUACAUUCGAGCAGGGGAUGAAGAUCCUGCGGAUGUGUACAGACGAGUUGCAGAGACGGUUACCCAUCGACUUCAAGGGGAUGACUGUCAAAGUGAUCAAGAAGGACGGUAUCCAAGAAAUCGAGUAUGAUACUAGCAAACAAGUUCUGAGUGCAUAG